GCUGGAUUCGAUGAAACGCUCUCUAUGGCCACUGCCAUUGAUAGCAUUGGUCACAAAACUAUUGAAGCUAACCAAGUCCAGUCAGCUGGACUGAACAACGAAUCAACGGAAAACAACCAACAUAAGAUUAAUUGCGUAUCAAUUACAAGGAUUACCCCGGUAGAUCGUGAGGUAAAAUAUGUCCCUGAAAUGAAUUUCAAAGGUAAUACAAUAGUAAGUGAUGCACGUGUUUUCACGUCUGCGGGAUUCCACUCAAAGCCGGACACCAUAGAUUUCGUUGACGCGCCAGCAUUUACUUUUGCCAAUGAAAUGGAAUGUGAAAAAGUCAACAAAGACUCAACACUUAAAACGUGUAAUGAGGUCUUUAGGCACCCGGCGUCACUCGAAGAACACGAUAAUGGUCUUCCUAUCGUAAUUUCAAAAUUCCUUAACCACAAUGAAAAUUACGAGUCACCUCUAAACGAAUCGAUUAUUGUUAAUGAAGAUAAACAAUCAUUAUUUGCUUCUGUAAACACUGAUCUCGCCGAACAAUUUCGAUUAUCAAAUAAUCCGGGUGUGCGUAAAUUGAAGGAAAUGAAAACCAUAGGCAUGCUUACGGUUCCAUCAACUGUCGAGUUUUUGCAACAAAUCGCUGAAGAAGAAGAGUUAAUAUUGGAUUAUGAAAUUGUCGAAUGUUGCCAAUUAACGAUUAGAAAAGAUUUUAUGGGUGUUCAACUUACAAUAAAUCAUUGUGCACUAACGGUUGUUGGCUUCGGUGAAACGAUACUUGAAAGUCAAGAAGAGGCGGCUUACGAGUGCUUGACUCGCUUCAAAUUGAUUCUAGAAUAUUAAAGUACAACCAAAGCAAUAGAUGUCUUUAUGUUGAACGAGGGAAUGAAACAAAAUUUCAAAAGUCCACCGAUCGUCUGUGUUCGGAUCACUCUGUUCAACAAAAACACUCGAUAGCAUUUAAAAUUGUCAGC